AUAAGAAACUUACAACCGGAACGACAGAGAAAGGGAAAUAGGCGUACGUGAAGACGACAAUUUUGUUGCGACUGAGGAAACCAGCCUCCGUGAUCCCUGGAGAAGCCCAGGGAAUCAUUGGAAUCAGUAACUGCUGCCAUUUCCGACCAAGUACCGGUAAACCGCCUGCCUGUCUGUCUGCAAAAAAGCCUCGGAUGUCAAUGGCCGUGCGGCUUCAGCACACGGGGAUGAGAGGAGAGCAGUUGUUGCGCUCCUGGCUGCGGACUCAGUGACUUUCUGUUUGGGCUCAGGAUGGCGCAGGGAGGGCCUCAGUUGGACUAUCACAUAUUGCAGGACCUCAAGCAACGCUUUCCAGAGAUUCCUGAAAAGGUUGUGUCUCAGUGCCUUCUUCAGAACAACAACAACCUGGACCUCUGCUGCCGUCUGCUGGCUCAGGAGAGUAAUAGAUACCUGUAUGAGGAAUACCACAGCCCAGAUGACCUGCACCUGAACCGCAACCACAUGCUGCGUAUUAGCGUGGGUUAUCCUGCUCCAGAGGGGGCUAAAAGUAAUCCCGGCGGCCGGGCUUUAGUCCACAGUUCUAGCGACAGCCACAUCGAGCAUCCUCGUAGUGGCUUCCCUGAGCCCCUCUCUGCCCCCGCUACCAUGGCGCCUUCACCGGGAUACAAUCCCUUCUUCAUGAACGACCAAGGACGCUCGAAUAUCCCCACUCCUCCGCCCGGCAUGCAGGGCGUGUCACCCCCAUAUACCCCUGUCUCGCGUUACAUGGCUCCCAUAACGGUUACCCUUUCCCAGAACAUCCCCUCUGUCCCCCAAGCACUGCAGAUUCCUCCUGGUGUGUAUUGUAACAGUGGGAAUGCUGUGUAUAUGCGUCCCUCACCCUCUCAAAGUCCUCAGCCCGCUCCCUGGCCCACAUCAGGGACACCCGUGUACCAGCAGUCACCUUAUGCCACACCGCCGUAUCAGUCCCCAUACAGCUCCCCCCAACAUCAAGUCCAGCAGCCGCCGCAUGUGUUCUUGCCCAUAAGUCCCCCCACCCUCACUGGCCUGUCAUACCAGCAGCCCCAAACAGUGUCCCACAGGCCCUUUAUGCCCUCAAAAGUUCCUAUGAAGAACCAGAUUGAGAUCACACUGGAGGGACAGCGAUCCCGGAGUAACUCGCCUGUGCAUGCUCCACAGGGAACGCUCUAUAUGACAACCAGUCCUUCUCCUAGUUCUCCGUCAAGGGCCAUCAGUGUGACCGGUCUCCCAGGGGCCUCCAUUCAUCAAGGAAUGUACGUCCAUCAGGGUGUGGCGAGACCCCGGCCUGCAUCCUCUCCCCAGUCUGUCACAUCAGCCAUCAUCAAGAUCAAAGUCUCUCCUGGACAGGCACAGCGUUCAUCAAGCUCUCCUCCAGUUGAGACCGAAUCCCUCCUCAACAUUGUAGACCAGGGAGAGCGCCAUCCUCCUCCCAUCCUGCCUCUCUCUGCGCUGCCAGCAAACAUCUGCAGCCAGAUCAACCGCAUGCCUAGACGAUCCAGCUCGGGUUCGGAUGACUAUGCAUACACUCAAGCUCUGCUCCUGCACCAGCGCGCACGGAUGGAGCGUCUCAUGAAAGGGCUCAUGCAGGAACAGCAGAAACUGGAGCAGCUCAAGGCGGAAGUCAAUGAAAUGGAAUUCGACGCCCUGCAGAGACGUUUCAGACGGGUGAACACCACGAGCCUCAUCCCUCGGCCUGAGGAAAUGACUAGAAUUCGGUCACAUAACAGACAGCUCCAGAUCAACAUUGAUUGCUCAUUAAAAGAGGCCGAUCUGCUACAGUCCAGAGGCAAGUUUGACGUGACCGCUAUGAACAACUUUUAUGAUAAUAUUCAGCCUGGCCCUGUUGUACCGUCACCAAAAAAGCCUGUGGCCCCGCAAACAGAUGAAGAUUUCGAGGGUGCUCAGUGGAACUGUGAAAGCUGCACUUUCCUCAACCACCCCGCCUUGCAUCGCUGCGAACAAUGCGAGAUGCCACGCAACACCUGAGUUGGCCGACCAUCUUCGUGAUGGGCCAUGGACCUCGUUCUUUUAGCUAAUCUUCUGUUCCACCGUGCAACGUUCAAGUCCCGCCUAUUAUCCAGUGAUGUCUUUCAUUUGCACCCUCAGCUUCACCCAGCAAUAACUGAGCCGUACCCCAUUCAAGAAGAGAUGCUAACCCUAGGUAAAUUUUAUCCAAUCAGAGCCCACCCUCUCUCUCCUUUUGAGGAGCUUCCUGCACUUGUAUUUUUCUACUGAAAGAAGAUGCUUUAAAAGAGGAAGGGAGGGUGUCUUGACUUUGCAGAAACAAGCUAAUUUGAUUGAUUGGCACCGGAGUGGACUGAUAAGAAGGAGCUUCCAGCCGUGAAGGAGGUGUGGUUUACCGAGCUACCAUUCCAGCAGAAUAAGACUGCCGUGUUUACAGAAAAAAGCCCCAAGGAUCCUGUGCACAGGGCUUCUCUCCCAACACCUUUAAUGUAUUGAGAUAAGCAGAGGUCUGACAAAUUGUAAUGUAGACUUUACACUGUAUGUGCUCACUGAGAGCUCCUUUCAUCGAAGGAAGAACACUAUAAGACCUGCAUAUGAACCUAUACCUGGUACUUUUAUGCAUAUUAUGCCACACUGUAUUCUGUGUUUAAGAUGUCGAUUUCCUGUGCAAAUGAGUCAAAUUGCUGUACUUAAUAAAGGAUCGAAUUCUAUGUGA